GCCACGACGCUAAUAGACGAUCUUUGCUCUGUCAACGUAUAGAUAUCUUGUCUGAAUUCGUCGCUUUUUGAACAAGAUGUUGAUGAAAAGAAUCGUGAAACCUUGUCUUUUUGGACUGAGAAAUGUCUCCGGACGAGAACAGGCUCUCUCUGUGGCUGUUGCAAGAUUACAGCACAGUCAGGCUGAGCAGCCUGUCCAUUCAACCCGACCGGAGACCUCCAGCGCCAAGAACCUGAUGGACAUCGGCACUCGUCGGAUCUUUAACGAGGACCACGACAUGUUUAGACAGAGUGUUCGACGCUUUUUUCAAGAGGAAGUAGUUCCGCACCACAAAGAGUGGGAGAAGGCAGGUCAAGUGAGCAGGGAAGUGUGGGAGAAGGCUGGUGAGCAAGGUCUGCUGGGAGUUAUGGUACCAGAGGACCACGGCGGCAUCGGAGGAGACCUGUUUUCUGCGGCAAUCACAUGGGAGGAGCAAAUGUAUUCCAACUGUUCAGGCCCAGGUUUCUCACUGCACUCCGACAUUGUGAUGCCUUAUAUUAUCAACUAUGGUAGCAAGAAACAGAUUGAUCGCUUCAUUCCCCAAAUGACUGCUGGGAAAUGCAUUUCUGCCAUUGCCAUGACAGAGCCAGGAGCAGGCAGUGAUCUUCAGGGUGUGAGGACAUAUGCCAAGAGGGACGGCAGUGACUGGAUCCUGAAUGGCAACAAGGUGUUUAUUACAAACGGCUGGAUGUCUGAUCUGGUGGUGGUCGUGACAGUGACCAACCGAGAGGCGAAGACGGCGGCACAUGGCAUCAGUCUGUUCCUGGUGGAGAAUGGCAUGAAGGGCUUCCAAAAAGGACGCAAGUUGGAGAAGAUUGGUCUGAAGGCCCAGGACACAGCUGAGCUGUUUUUUGAGGAUGUGCGUCUCCCAGCUGAUGCCCUCUUGGGGGAACCGAACAAAGGUUUCUACUACCUGAUGAAUGAACUGCCUCAGGAGCGCCUUAUUAUUGCUACCAUGGCUGUAUCGAGCUGUGAGUUCAUGUUUGAGGAAACAAGAAACUAUGUGUUGCAGCGAAAGGCUUUUGGCAAGACAGUCGCACACCUACAGACUGUGCAACACAAGCUGGCAGAGCUGAAGACUGAGAUCUGUGUGGGCCGAGCCUUUGUAGAUAACUGCCUUCAGCUUCAUGCUGAGAAACGCCUGGAUUCCUCCACAGCCUCCAUGGCCAAAUUUUGGGCGUCAGACCUCCAGAACAGGGUGGCUACUCAGUGCCUGCAGCUACACGGAGGCUGGGGCUACAUGUGGGAAUACCCCAUCGCCAAGGCGUUUGUGGACUCCCGUGUACAGCCCAUCUAUGGAGGCUCCAAUGAGAUCAUGAAAGAGCUCAUCGCUCGCACCAUCGUCAGCCAGAAAUGAGACAUUUGAAGGUUUCAUGGUGGAAGAACACUGUUCUGUGCAAUGUGGGGUGGUUUGCACUUUGUCUGGAAAAGGUUUUUAAAGUGUCAAUGUGAUCGCAGACAGCCUUGAAUGUAGCUAAAUCACACAAUGGUGAAUUUUUCAUAUGAGUAGUAGGGUUGAGGUAAGACUCUGUUUUAAUUGAAGAAAAACACCUUUUUCAUCUUACAAAUCAAAGUUUUUAACUUCAUGUUGGAGCGUGCUUUUCUAAUCCAAAACACUUUUUGUCAAAUUUAGUGAAUAUUUCCUUGUUAUCCACUAGAGGACAGUAAAAUACAGCACACAGUGACAUAAUUAUUUACCCUUUUUUUUUGACAAUAGUAUACAAAAAACUCUUCAUGUCAAAGUGAAACAUUUCUAUAAAAUUAGUGUGUAUUGUAAGUAUUCAUCCCCUAAAUACUGACUUCAAGUCAGUAUUUUUAGAUGCACUUUUUGCAACAAUUACUGUAUUGUCUCAGUCAGCCUUGCACAUCUGGACACUGUAAUUUUACCCAAUUUUUCUUUGCAAAACAGCUCAAGCUCUGUCAGUUUUUCUAAGGGAUUGAGCAGUCAUUUUCAAAUCUAGCCAAAUUCUUCUAUAUUGAGAUCUGGGCUCUGUUUCGGCCACGGCAGAACAUUCAUCUUGACUUUAAACCAUUUCUUUGUCUGUGUGCUUCGAAUCAUUGUCUUGCAACACAAACAAAUCAUCUCCCAAGUUGCAGUCCCCUUGAAGACCUUGAAGUGUCUUGGUGGCCUCCCUCACUAGUCUCUGCCUUCCACAGUCAGUAAGUUUUUUUUUUCCGAGUGAAUACUUUUUUGAAGGCAUAGCAGCUAAAUAGGAGCAAUCACAGACUCUGCAUUAAACUUUUACUUCAUUCAGUACAUUUAGCAGUUUUACUGGUACAACUAGUGUUGGUAAACUUUAAAAAGCAAUUGCUGUUUAAAUGACAUCACUAAGUAAGUUUACUGACUUCAUGACUGUUUUCUCGUUGCUCUACAGUUUUUCGCAUUGUCCUGUAAUUGUCAUUUGUAGCUGUCAAGCUAAAAUUGCACACAUUCGCUUGGAACCAGUAGUAUUCACUUGAACAUUGACAUGUUAACUUUUUUUAAGUUGUCUUGGCAAACUUGUGAGCUUGCUUUUUUUUCAACUAUUAUUGAGCAUCAUUUGGAGUGGUGUCAUUUGAAUCUAACAUUCUCUCUAUGUACAUAACAAAAAUCACUGAUUGCUGAAAGCCAUUGUCAAAUAUACAACUUUGGUAAAUUCACUACCUGAUUUUCUUUUUUUAGUCUUGUAUUAGUCGUUGUAUUGUUGUAUUGUAUUGAGAGAUAGCAGAUUGCAUGUAACAUGUACUGAAAGCUAUUACUGACUGAAACUCAUUAGCUGCUUUUGUGUCCACUUGGUCAAAUUAAUAUUCAAUAAUAUGUUUUACUGGUCAGUGUUAAUCAGAAUGAACAAAAUAUUUAAACUAUAGUUUCUGCAUCAUUGAAUUAGAAUUAAAAAGUGCUCAGAGCAUCAAUUAAAGUUAUAUGACCUCAUUUGA